AUGGCUCCCACUUUAAACGUCACCCACAUUGGCACUGCCACUGCCAUCCUCCAGAUCAACGGCGUCAAUUUCCUGACGGACCCGUUCUUUUCUCCAGCCGGUACCUUCUGGGACCGGGGCGUUAUAGUCCUGGAAGUGACAGAAGACCCUGCUCUCCGUCUGAACCAGCUUCCCGUGAUCGAUGCCGUACUCCUCAGCCACGAAGACCACCCCGACAACCUAGACGAGCUGGGCCGUCAACUCCUAGACGGACGCCGCGUCUUCACCACCGUCGACGGGGCCAAGAACCUCGGUCCUCGUCCCGCCGUGCACGGCAUGCAGCCCUGGGAGGAGAUAGAAACCAUUAUCGCUGGCAAGAAAUUCAAGAUAAUUGCGACCCCCACUAAGCACGUUCCUGGGGACGAAUGCACCGGCUUCAUUAUAACCGGAGAAGACUUUGGACUUCACGAGGACGGCCUCCCCAACGCAAUCUACUUUACCGGUGAUACUGUCUACAUCGAAGAACUGGACUCUAUCGCGGACCGGUAUCAUAUUUGUGCUGCCGUGAUGAACUUGGGCAACGCGCACGCUCCUAACGUGAAGGAUCCUAACGGUCCCCUCAUGCAGAUCACCAUGGGUGGCAAGGAUGGUGCUAAGCUAUUCCGCGCGCUCAAGGCUGACGUCCUUAUUCCUAUGCACUACGAAUCUUGGGGCCAUUUCACUCAAUUCGGGACUGAGCUGCGCCAGGCUUUUGAGGACGAGGGUAUCAGUGAUAAGAUCUGCUGGUUGAAGGGAGGCGAGGAGGUUUCGGUUCUCUAA